GCAGCAAAGUUUGUGCAGUGGACCUAUAUUUAAAACACCCCCGGCCAUUUAUCUCUCUUUCAUAUAUACUUUCUCUCUCAAUUAUUGCUGCUUUACUCCUCCCCCUGUCUGAACAGAAAUGGAAACAUCAUUAUUCGAAGCCGGAAGGGAAUUAUUAUUAGAUUCUCCACCCCCACAACCACAACAACAACAACCACCGCAACAAGUAGCAGCAGCAUUAGAAGAAGAAGAAGAUGAAGAUGAAGAUAAGGAAGAGCUGUGUUGCCUUCUUCCUCCCGGAUUCCGGUUUCACCCGACGGACGAAGAGAUCAUCUUGCACUACCUAAGACCCAAGGUCGCCGACAGUGAUUUCGUUGCCCGGGCCAUCGGAGAAGCCGACCUUAAUAAAUGCGAACCCUGGGAUUUACCUAGGAAAUCAAAAAUGGGAGACAAGGAAUGGUGGUUCUUUUGCCGGAGAGACAGGAAGUACCCAACAGGGAUGAGGACAAACAGGGCGACGGAAUCGGGUUACUGGAAGGCCACCGGAAAAGACAAGGAGAUCUUUAUGGGAAGGGGGGUAGAGCUCCCAAAGGACAGAAAUCUAACUGGAUCAUGCACGAGUUUAGACUUGAAGGCAGAUUCUCUUUCAACCACUCCUCCAAUACAUCAUCAUCAUCAUCAACUACUAGGAACCCCCGACGACGACGACGGCGGCCCAUUUCCACCAAGACUUGAAGCCCAUGGGCACGGGCCUCCUCACGAACAAGUCCCCGCCGAAUUAGAAACGCCGGCGAAGGAGAAGCUCGACGACGGCGCCGGGAGCCGCCAGCGGCCGUCAUUUGAUGAGGACCCUUUGGAUAGCGGGGAUCAUCCUGCAGGAUUGAGCAAAAGUUGCACGUUGGUUCUCUUGCUCCUUCCUCCACUGAGCUCUACAAGCCAUUAUACACUUCUAGUGGGCGUGGUCGUGGCAACUCCAGUCAUGGUCGAGGUAGGCAUCUGGGAAGUCAAGGAGGCGGUGGUCAGACCGGCGGCAGUGGUGGCUAUUUUCCGACAAGCGGUAAUGGCGGUUGUGGUCGUGGGCCACCGCGCGGUCCAGGUCUAAUCUGUCACAUUUUUGGAAGGCCUAAUCAUGGUUUUUGGGAGUGUUAAAACCGUUAUGAAGAAGAUUUUUCUAGCGGCCCCUCCUCCAAUCCUCCUAAUGUCUAAGCUGUGUAUAUGUAGAAAUUGGUGAAAACUGAUCUGCUUUGAUUGAUUAGUAAGAGUCGUAUAUAUAUAAGAAUACAUAACGGGCUAGUUU